AGAGGGGCGGGUUUAGUGCUAUUCUGGAAAUCAUUUUGCGUAGCGCAUCUGUAUCAGCAAAAGCAGCGCUGUGAUGCAUGGGCUGCUGCAAUGUGUCAUACUAAUUCAGUGAUCUGUCCUCACACGGCAUCGUUUAUCUAUCCGCGGCUCGUCCAGUCUGUUGAAGAUUGAAAACUUGAACACAAUGGGUGGACAUAGUUUGUGCUGCUCCAGACUUCACUAGUGUCCAUAUAUAACCCAUCAAAACGUCUAAGAGUCAAAGGGUUUACUGCAUCAGGUGAGAGCAUGGCACAGGUAGAGGAGCCUCAGACAGAAGGAGAGGGCAGCCCCCAGAUGAUUUCCUUACGAUCGGACACAUCAGGGAAUCAUGUGGACGAUGGAGAAGUGGGGCCCUCCAUAAGGAGGAAGAGGAGGAAGAAGAAAGACAUGCGUCCAGAGUCCAUUAUUAUCUACCGCUCUGAAAUGGAGAGGGCGCCUGGAGAGGACCAAGGCAGUGAGGAGGGAGCGGAGAGGAACACUGAGGAGGGAGCUAAAUUCCUCUGCACGCCCACAGGUGAAGGUGGAGGAUGGAGCCUUCCUCCAGACAGCCGUUAUGUGACCCUGACAGGCACCAUCACCCGUGGCAAGAAGAAGGGUCAGGUGGUGGACAUACAUGUCACUUUGACAGAGAAGGAACUCAGGGAUCUGGCCAAGUCAAAGGAACGUCUUGAUGCCGAGUGCGAGGGACGGGAAGGUUCUAAACGCACCUGCAGCUUAGGUGUGUGCCAGGGACCCCAUGUUGUCCUGUGGAGCAUCUCCUGCGCGCCUGUGAUUUUCCUCCUCUCUUUCAUCACCUCCUUCUACUAUGGCACUCUCACCUGGUACAAUGUCUUCCUGGUGUACAAUGAAGAGCGGACGUUCUGGCACAAGAUUACAAUAUGCCCCUUCCUCAUCAUCUUCUACCCCAUGCUCAUCAUGCCCAUGGCGCUGUCUCUGGCUCUGUACUCUGCUGUGGUGCAGGUGUCCUGGGCUUUCAGCGAGUGGUGGCAGGCGGUGCGAGACCUGGAGAAAGGCUUCUGUGGCUGGGCCUGUGGGAAGCUGGGGCUGGAGGAUUGUUCUCCCUAUAGCAUAGUGGAGCUUCUGGACUCUGACACUGUUUCUGGAACUCUGCAGAGCAAGGCCCCCAGUGAACUUGCACAGACAUCAUCGGUGUGAAACAGGGUGAUGCUGAGUUCCAAGGCACACAUUGAUAAUGGGGUCAAAGUUGCAAGUGUUUUUAAUCAUUUCAUUGAGAUUCCUCACAGAAAAUUCAGCUUAAAGGUUCAUUUCUGACCUUGUGUAUAGUGUGAUGAAAACUCUAUCUCAAGGUCCACUUACUUGACUUAUUGAGCAAACUUCAUCUGCUGAUGAAGGCCUUGAGAUUUUGCUGAAAGCUCUGGAAGAAAUAAAUUCUAAGGAACUUUUGAUAGGAAUUUCUUGUCAAAAUAACAGGAAAGUAUUUUUAAGCAACUCCACUACGCUCUUCUGUAAAUUACAGCAUAUGAAACGCUGCCUGAACUGGCUUAAGGGGAGGAACCGUUUUUACAAAGUUGUAAAACAUUGAACUCUGAGCAGGGAAGUGGUUAUUUUGGGUCAUUUUUUACUUACAGGUUGUGGUCAUCACAGCUCCCCUCAGAUCACUAAAUGGCCUCCAAUAAUUACGGAACAGCACUGCGACUCAAAGACCUUUUUAUACAUAUAGACCUUGAUUCCUACAGUUUUCAUUAAGUGGCUGUGGACACUGAUACAAACAUUAGUCCUGUAAGUUCAAUCAAGUUUCACUUCAUCUGUAAAUAUCUGUAAUUAAAUGUAUGUGGUCAUGGUGCUGUGCACUGACAUCAAAAACAGCAUGCAUUUCAAAGGCAACACCGUCUUGUAUAUGAAGUUAUCAUAAUCAAUCAAGUUAUAGUUGAAGCAAACAUGGAAUAACUAGGAAAACUGGGCAACUGCCUCAGGGGCAACAAAUCCAGGUUUAAUGUGUGUCAGUUACUUUGGAAAUUUGACUAAUUACUAAUUUGAUUCGGAAUAUGCACCACUGAGCACAACACUAGCAUCUGAAGAUGGGCAAUGUCUUGGUAAAGGACUCAGAUUCUAGUUUUUAAAGGGCAAGGCUGGUGUCACUCUAAUUUUUGUUCAGCAAAUCCAUGAAAAGACUGAAACCAACAAUGUGUUUGUCUGUUUUUCAUAAAAUCAUGAUUUCCCUCUUCUUUAUUGUUGCAUUCAACCUCAAGUCCAUUGGUUUCCACUUAAGAUGUAAAAUCUUCUAAAUGGGUUGCUGACACGUAGUUAUAUGUAAUGUUAUUUUUAAAAGGGGCACAUUGCUGUCAUUUUUAGCAAAUGUUACUCAAACAGGAGUAAAUUGUAUAUUUGUUCAGUUGCGGAUUAAUACUUGUUUGGACCUCUUGUGAGGUUUUCUUUUUUAGCAGCAGAACUGUGAAUAUAGUCCUCAAAAUAAUCUGCAGUGUGUGUGUGUGUGUGUGUGUGUGUGUGUGUGUGUGUGUGUGUGUGUGUGUGUGUGUGUGUGUGUGUGUGUGUGUGUGUGUGUGUGUGUGUGUGUGUGUGGGGUCAUGGCAAUGAAGGAACCAAUCACUCCAUUGUUAAUUUUUGACUUUUCAUAGGAUUUGUUGACAACAAGAAAAAAUCUAGAAUGUGAUCCUAUAAAAUAUCAUAUUAUACUUACACGGUGCAUAUUCCUUUAUGGAUUUGUGUUUCAUCAAAUUUUCCCAAACAAACUGAAACACAUCAAACAUGGGGGCAGGAAGUGUCCUAGUGAGUGAGUGCUUGUUGGUUUCUGGACCUCUUGGCUCAUUAUAAUUAAGAUUCCAUUUGUAGUGGGUUGUGUGCUCUGUACUUGAUGGGUACUUGGAGUUGACAGAGUGCAUAAACAAUGUGCAAAGAGUGUGGGAAGAAAGGAGGUAGGACAACAACUCAUGUUUCCACAGGGCCGCUAGGAAGUUAGUUUAGCCAUGAUUAGAAGCCAUAGUCAGGACAAGCUGACGAAACAGACAUUUCUUUGGUCAGUUUAUGUUUGUUUUGCCAUGUUUUUUUGUAUGUUUUAGACACCACCAUAAAAACAAGUCUGUGAUCUUGUCUUAUCAAUUUUGGUCCAUGCACGAGUGAAGUUCUCCGUAAUUUUGUACUGGAGAAUUCCUGUUACAUUUCCAUACAGUCAUAUUUUGAAUGUUGCUUUAAUUUAUUUUAAAUAUUUAAGUAGAGUACACUUUGAAAUAAAUGUAUUGCAAACAGCAGUCAUUAACUGAUUGAAAUACAUAGCAGAUCGGGGUUAUUUAUUGAUUCUAAUGUUUAUGAUUAGACCUGAUUGGGUAAAGUAACUUCAUUUUACUUUCUCACAGGUAAAGACAUGAGUUGAAUCUGUAUUCCACAUUACAUGUUGUGAAUCCACAGUAUGCAAACUAAAGACAAAUUAAAUAAAGUGUUGUAUAUUUACA